AUGGACAGCAGUCAGUGCAUAAUGCUUGAGUGCAAGACGGUAGCAGGUGGAAAAGAUUUACGAGUGGCUUGCAUUACGUGCACGUUUUUAAACUCACCCGACGUUUUGUCAUGUAGAAUGUGCGGGGAAGAAAUGAGACCUCUCACGCACGAUGUGCACGCGGACGGAAGUUGGAAGUGUGGUGGAUGCGGGACAGAGAACGCAGGAGCCUCUAAGGAGUGCUUGCAAUGUCAUAUCCCUUUUUACUCGCUUGUGACAACGGCACCACCAGCACAGAUUUUCUGCUCACGAUGUGGCUUUUUGAAUGAUGGCGAUAAUCUUACAUGCGUUGAGUGUGACUGUACGAUUCGGUCUACUUUGGACAAGAUUAGCACGAACUUAAGAGACAGUACCAACUUUUUGGCGAGAGACCUGGGCGUUAACAUUCACGUCAAGUGUCCUGGAUGCUUUUUGGUGUGCUAUGUGCCUCCUGCCACUGCGUGCUUGCGCUGUGGAGCGUGUCAUACUUACUUUGCGUCGCCUUCGAUUGGAGAAGUUACUAACUUUUACAUGAACCGCCUAGCGUCGUCUAUUUCGAGCUCGUUUAUGUCUUUUUUUGGACGAAAGCGAGGUGGAAAAGAUGAAAGUGAAGUCACACGUCGUCAAGAGGAGGCUCGUGAAGCACCAGUUGGCCGACUGAUUGCUGCAGGCCAAGGUGUCGCUCAAUCGUCUUGUUAUUCUUCGGCCAAUAAUGACGCAAGUCAUUCAUCCACAAGUACUCUUCAACUUUAUGAUAAUGAAAUGUCAAAUGUCGAAAUGGAAGAAAAGGCUGAGUUUUGUCAAAUUCAAGCGCGUAUCUCAGACUCGACAGCUCAUUUAGAAGAAACGAUGGCGAAGCUAGAUGCCACAACACCGGAGUUUUUAAAAUGUGACGUUGCGACGUCAGUGCACAGCGAUAUACCGGGUUACAGUGAAAAGAGGGAGCCUUACUCGCCUUUAAAUCUGUCAAGUCCGAGUAAAGCGCAAGAACAGCCGAUGUUUGCUCGACCAAUGCCGUUGCGUGUAGCUCUUCCCCCAGCUCAUCGAGAAUUAGUCAAAGUGGAGGGAGAUAUUGUUGAGUUGUGA